CGCCGCCCGUGUGCUUUGACUUUGACACCCUCCGUCUUCGUCCCGACCUGCUCUCCGUUCAUUUUGCUAUGGUAUCUGCUCUGUGGAAGGCUUGCUCUGAAGGCGAUGUUGCGGGUGUACACCAGGCACUCAUCUCGGAAGAGGUAGACAUCGAGGCGAAAGACGAAAACGGCUUCACACCUCUCAUCGAGGCCAUCAAGAGUGGAAACGUGGAGAUUGUAAAACUUCUUCUGGAGAAGGGUGCCGAUCCGAUAAACGCGUCCAAUGAAAGUUCGCCGGAAUCCUACACCACGGACUCGAUCAUCCUCGAGCUGCUUGACCAUGCUCGCAUGAAGAACACCCAGGGGGCUCCUGUGCCUCACGAAAAUGGGGAAAGCAACGGGCACAUCUACCCGGGCGCAGAGACGAAUGGGUACCCGCCUGCGAACUAUCCGUACUACCCAGCGAUGAACGGCGGCCCGCCUCCCGAAAUGUACUACCCGCCCCCGCCCCAGAUGCAUCCAGAGGGCUUCGGCGCGCGACAGAAUAAUCUUCCGCCGCCCGAAAUAGCGUCAGCCAUUCCCUGUCGAUACUAUCCCGCGUGCCGGUAUGGCGCGGCAUGUCUAUUCCAGCACCCGCAGGGUCCGUACUUCCAAGGACCGCUCCCUCCGCCUGUCCCGUACCCCAACUCUUAUGACCAGAUGCCUCCGCAGCCGUACCCGCAGAGCUACUAUCCUGUACCACCACCCUCGUUUCCCCCACCUCCCCAGCAGGGUCCGCCGAUGCCUAUGCACGGACAGGCACCGCCCGACAUGAUGUCCCCACCGCAGGGCCCAUUCAGUCCAACUGGUGGCCCGCAGUACGGGCCGAUUUCUCCCGUUAUGUAUUCACAUCCGGGGCAGGCCCCGAUCCCCAUGGUUCCUCCCCUUCCGCCUCUGCACCAGCAGGCGCCGCCGCCCGGCCCGCAGUCGCCGCAGGCAUAUGGGCACCCAUCGUCGCCGUCACAGGCCUUUGCACAGCCUGUCGGCUACCCGGCGAAUGGCUACGCAGAGGCCAACGAGGGCGGUAAACCGCUGCACGAGGACGGGAUGAACCAUGCGCCGAACGGCUUCCGACGCGGCUCAAUCCGCCGGGGCACCUUCGCCCGCAAGCCGGCCCCGCCGCCGUGCAUGUUCUUCCCUGCCGGAAAGUGCAAGAACGGCAAUGAGUGCCGGUUCCCUCACGUCAUGCCCCCCGAGGGCGCGCCCAUCCACGCUCCAUUCUACCCUGCUCGGGGUGGCGGCCCUCGUCCGUCACGUGGCCAUGUCAACGGCAUCGAUGAAAAAAUGGCGAAUCUGUCUCUGAACGACCGAGGUCACGAGGCCGGUGGGCGAGGCCGAGGAGGCCGGCCGGUGAACGGUGGCCCCAAAAGAACGCCCAUGUCCAAGCACGCUUCACUGCAACGUGUUCCCCACGCAGAUGAGUUCCCCGUGCUCGGUGGCGCUGCUCCGGCUCGAACUCAGGCGAACGGCACCGCCGGCCCGACUGCCGCCCAGAUCCUGCAGGCUGCCCCCCGCUUGCAGAACGGAUCACCGCCACAGGAAACUGUUGAAGCAGUCAAAAUCCCUGUCUCCUUCGCUGCUGUCGCCACCGCAGGUGCUGAUGUCGCCGUCAGCGCUUGAUUGUCGUCAGUGCUGCCUCGGUCCUUCUCGUGCGUGCGUGACCACGUGAAGUGGUUUCACCCCGACCUGGUCCCCCUGCCCGCCUUACUUUGUCUUCGGUCCCACUUUGAUUUUUU